CAAAUUUAUUAAACGAAAGGUACAGAUCUCUAACUUACUACCAACUACAACCAAAACUUCAUAUUUGGCUACUGGCAUUUAAUUCAUUUCGAAUUUUGCGUCCUGAUUCCUCAGUGACAAUGCUGGUCUCUCUCACCGUCGGCAAGGUCGAUGCCGGCGUAACUGUUCUGUUAACGCCCGAUAAACGUUUGAUCGAAUUCCCCUCUAUUCUCUUACCUCCCAAUAUUGUCUCGGGCUCUAUAGUCGAUAUUACCGUCGCUCGCAACAGUGACUCCGAAGCUAAAGCAGAGGCGCGAUUCUCGGCCCUCCAAGAUCAAAUCUUUUCCUCCUUUGGCGCUUCGCAGCCUAGCACACCUGUCCUCCGCUGCAGAAAUGCUACUCAGACCUCCGUAGUCCUUGAGUGGGAUCCGAUCGAACUCGCCACCGCCGACCUCAUCUCCCUUUCCCUCUACCGCAAUGGCCAAAAGGCCGGUAACAUCCCUCGGCCUUUGCAUAUGCACAGCACCAAGAUUAGUGGUCUUGCCGUCGACACGGAAUAUUCAUUCCAUCUCGUCCUGCGCACCACCGCAGGCACAUUUGCCAGCAAGCAGGUUGUCGUCCGUACUCACAAGAUGACAGACUUGAGCGGUGUCACUAUUACCACCGGCAUCCUCCCACCGUCUACGCGCGAAGAGCUCGCUAAGGCUGUCGAGCGCAUCGGCGCUAAGAUCGUCGAUGGCGUGCGCAUCGACACCACGCACUUCGUUACUACUGAAGGCCGUGGUGUACCAUGGGAGAAGGCAGUUGAGAUGAAUAUCCCUGUCGUGCGACCCGAGUGGGUCGAGGCUUGUGAGAAGAAUGGCCGUAUUCUAGGUGUCACCAAGUUUUAUUUGGAUGCACCAAGAGCCAAUAUUCCAAGCUCCGAGGAGGUGCAGAGGACGGCGUCGCCUCCCACGCCGGCACAACAAAAUCAGAAGGACCUCCCACAGACUCCAAGUCAGGCUAGAGAGAGUAAAGAAGUCGAGACGAAAAAGGAAGAGAACAAAGAGGAGGAGGAGAGCAGUGAGGAGGACGAAGAAGAAGGCGCAGGAGACGAGGAGAAGGCAAAGGCCACGGAGGAACAGAAGGUGAGGCUCGAGGAUAAGGAUACUCAAAAGGUCGCUCUGCGACCUGGCCAGCCAUCAUCACCCGAUAAAGAGACCGCCGAGGAUGCAAGCGAGGAAGGAAAUUCAGAGGAUAAGCCCGAGCCUUCACCCGGUGAUGGGGCAUCGUUCCAAGAUGUAGCGCUAUAGGCAUGAUCUACGACCCGAAGUGCUCGUUAGCAUGGAGUUUUCAGAGGUUUCCAAAAUACCCGGCCAGGUAAUAAAAAUGGCAGUUCUCAUCUUGGACUAUUCUUAUACCUGUGUACAGUAGGAAUGCGGGAAUAUGUCACAUUGACGUCUUGCAGUCACGUUUAUUCGUAUAGCUCUAGUAAUUUAGGAUGGGCUGGAAAGGUAUUUUACUCGAACCGGAUCCAACCCAGUAGGAUAAAUAAGGU